AUGCCUCCUCCUCCACAGCCCGACCUCCCGCAUCCCGCACAUCUAGACCGCGAUUCUGCGUUGGGCCGCAAGUUCGGAAAAGAGGUGACCAACUAUUUCGGAGGCUCCCCUUUGAACAGACUGUCAUUCCUUAGAGAUGAUUACGGCUUCCUUGCCCAAGCGUUCGCGCAUCCUACCACGAAAUUUUUGGUGUUCAAGACCUUGUCGCCCCUGAUCAAGUCGCCCACUGAGAUUCACUAUGCUACUUAUGACGAGAUUAAGACCCUCGUUCCUUCGAAUCCAUUCGAGAAGUCGGAGAAAGAGACGUUGGAGGACUUUGACUCCCGAAUUGAGACACCGCAGUUGGUUUUCCUCGGCAUUGACGAGAACGUGAAGGACGGCUUGAAGUUCAGACAUUUCUGCGGGGCUCCACAUUGGGCGAUAGACAUCACGCCGAAGCCCACGUACGAAAAGGAGGCUAAUGAACUGAACGAAAAGUUCCUGGCAUCAGGGCUGAAGUUCAGCGAGGGCAUGAGAGCCAUGAGUUUCCCCGCUGAUGUUGCCGCCCAAUACGCUCAAGGACGACACUAUCUCGAUUGGAACUUUCGCAAUACCUUCUGUGGCACGUGUGGACAGAGGACCCUGUCCGUACAUGCAGGGGGUAAACGAGUAUGUCCGCCAAAGGACAAAGCCAGAGAUCCACCAGAGAGGGAACCUUGUUCUACUCGCACGACAUUGUCGAACCUCACAUUUCCUCGAACCGACCCAACUAUCAUAGUGGCAGUCCUCAGUCAUGACAGCAAGCGCCUGCUCCUUGGCCGUCAGAAAAGAUGGCCUCCUUACUGGUUCUCAACACUGGCGGGAUUCAUUGAGCCCGCUGAAAGUGUCGAGGACGCUGUGCGCAGAGAGGUCUGGGAAGAGAGUGGUGUCAUACUAUCUCGGGUCUUGAUCCACUCUACGCAACCCUGGCCGUAUCCAGCCAACCUCAUGAUCGGAGCCAUUGGGCAGGUGGCAAGUCCCGAAGACGAGGAGAUCAAACUUGAACAUGACCCAGAGUUGGAGAUGGCGAAGUGGUUCACUUUGGAAGAGAUCCAGGAGGCGUUGAAGAAUGGCACAAGUGGUUUGGGUGAGGACGCUCCCAAGGACUACAAGGAGGGCAACCUGAGAUUACCACCCCCAACUGCCAUCGCGAAUCAACUGAUAACGGCUGUUGUCGCCGGUGGCUUCCUUGAAGGUGUGACGCCGCUGGCGACAGCGAACAAGUUGUGA